GCCGCGUUGCCGGGCGCUCCCCCCUGCCCCGGAAGUGCCGCGCUCCCGGAAGCCGCUCUCCCCUCACGGUCUCUUUCUGCCGCCAUCUUGGGCCCCGCUCCCCGCACAAAAUGCCCGGCGAAGCCACAGAAACCGUCCCGGCCACGGAGCAGGAGCUGCCGCAGCCGCAGGCGGAGACAGGAUCUGGAACAGAGUCCGACAGCGAUGAAUCCGUACCAGAGCUCGAAGAGCAAGACUCCACACAGGCCACGACACAGCAGGCACAGCUCGCGGCAGCAGCCGAAAUAGAUGAGGAACCCGUCAGCAAAGCAAAACAGAGCCGGAGCGAGAAGAAAGCUCGGAAGGCAAUGUCCAAACUGGGCCUUCGCCAGGUGACGGGGGUCACCAGGGUCACCAUCCGGAAAUCCAAGAACAUCCUGUUUGUCAUCACAAAACCAGACGUGUACAAGAGCCCGGCGUCAGACACCUACAUUGUCUUUGGCGAGGCCAAGAUCGAAGACCUGUCCCAGCAGGCCCAGCUGGCAGCUGCCGAAAAGUUCAAAGUGCAAGGAGAACCCGUUUCAAACAUCCAGGAAAACACACAGACCCCCACCGUGCAGGAGGAGAGCGAGGAAGAGGAGGUUGAUGAGACGGGCGUGGAGGUGAAAGACAUCGAGCUGGUGAUGUCGCAGGCGAACGUGUCGCGGGCCAAGGCCGUGCGAGCCCUCAAGAACAACAGCAACGACAUCGUAAACGCGAUAAUGGAGCUGACGAUGUAGCCGCCGGAGGGAGGAGCCUUUUUUGGUGUUUCAGAGAAGACUAAAAUACAGCUAAAUUUAAAAUUUGUACUAUUUCUAUCGGUUAAUAAAAGUUGUGGCUUAUUGUUGGUGAAA